AUGGAUCGUCAGUCAACAACAUCAUCAAAUGCGCGAUUGAAGGAAUUUGGACCCUGGACGGAGCAGUACAGCUCAGCGGGAAAACGGUACUUCUACAAUCGAGAAACAGAGGUAUCACAGUGGGAAAAACCUCCGGAAUGGCGAGAAUAUGAAAAGUAUUUAACGGAAAAUGCUGCAAACCAAAGUCCAAUCUCAUCUGCUUCUGGAGCCCGUAUCGCGCCGAGUUCUAAUGCAGUAGGAGUGUACAUGCCAAACUCGACAGCUUCUGUAGCAUCAGGCAACAAUGGUGAUGUGAAAAAUAAAACAAAACCACGUGAUAGUACCCAGCCAUUGUUGAGAACUAAACGGCAAAAAGUAGAAGGAAAAGAAGACGAUAGUGUCGGUCCCGUAGUCUUUUCUGAAGAGCAGCAUCGACGAUUCAUAAGAGCAGAUGCUCAAACAACUACUCGUCGAUGGCCUACUGAAGACUGGGAACAGAGUGCAAUUAAAGCAGGCGCAGCUGCGCACAACCUUACACUGCAAAUUAUUUACGUUUCUUGCGAUUUGAAAAGUGCUAGGUCACUAGUCAGAACAGCCGAAAUGCGUUCAUCAUUACUAGCUCAGAAACUACAGUUUAUUGCUGACCAUCAGCGACAGCUGGAAGCAAGUUUUGCUCUUCCAUCACUUCCAUCUGUGAAUAAUUACCAAUGGACAUAA